AGGCAUAAAGCAUUUGUGUUCCUGAGAGGAAGAAGCCAAGUACAGUGGCGGUCAGCGCCGUGUCCCGAGACUCGCCAGUCGAGUCGACUGGGUGCCUUCGACCGCUGCUUGCCUUGCAUUUUCUCCAAUUAUUAUUAUUAUUAUAUUUACAACAAGGCAUAUCGCAAAAGUUUUAAAAUCGAGUGUUUCAUUGACGCUCCUUGUGGCUCUCGUCGCGCAUGGUGCGUUGCAAAUCGACCCUUCCUCAAAGUUUUCCCUGGCUCGCUCUGGCUCUCACCAGUCAGUCAGUUGGUCGUUGUCGAGCAUCGCGAUCGUAUAUUAAAACACACUCUCACCAAGUCAUUUAUAUUUCGAAGCUCUCGCUAUGUGAGUGAUACCUUGGGGCACUUUGUAGUGUACCCCAUCAAAUAAGGAGCGAGUGAGAUCACAAACUCGUGGCUCUUUUUUGUCUCUCAACAUCGUGAAAUAGUGAGACAUAAUAUUUAAUCAUCAAAAUCGAGGCUGACUUGUUAAAGAAAAGAAGUGAGACCAGAGGGAAUUAAAAAGGAAAAAAACACUCGGAAGGGCCUCACCAGGGGCCAUUCCGGGGGACCUAUCAUUUUUUUCAGGAAUAAAAGAUGGAGUGCCCACAUCUUGCUCAAAGCGUCUGCAUCACCGUUGACGAUGUUGAAGCAACCUACUCGAAGGAUUUGCCGUUUGCCUGCGCAGUAUGCGAAACGGAGAAGAGUACUUGGCUGUGUCUGCAUUGCGGAGCAAUCCACUGCGGACGUUAUGAGGCGGGGCACGCGCUACAGCAUCAUGAAAAAAAUACUCAGCACAGCGUGUGCAUUGACUGUGAAAACCUGGCUGUAUUUUGUUACAUCUGUGACGAGUACGUGGUGAAUGGCAUCAACAACGGCGUCAUCGAGGCGAUACAACGUAAUGCCUUCCGAAAGAGCGAGCUCAAGGAGAAUGACGAGAGUUGGAGUACAUCAACACCAUCCCCACAUGGACCUGAGAAUGGUGACUCCUCGGCUGCGGACGCCCUCUGGAAGGCGGAAGUCGUCGUUCGGAAUCUUAGGCCAAGGACCAGAAAGAGGCUACACUCGUUGGAUGGUACCAGUGGCGAUAAUAGGCCUACGACGAAACGAAGAAAUUCGAAAAAUGCCAAAGAGAAGAAGGUCGUGGGCCUGAGAAAUUUGGGUAACACCUGCUUCAUGAAUGUCGUAUUACAGUCGUUUAACAACAUUAGCCAUUUUUGCGAGUAUUUAACGCAAAUGCCAAGUUUGGAAGGUAUUGCGUUUGAUGAGCCCCCAACGCAUAGGGGUCGAAUAGUUGCACCGGGUCGAGCAAAAGAGUUAAGCGAUGCUCUUUUGGCGGAAGAAUUAAGAAAGGUCUUGCUGGGACUGAGUCUUGGCGGUUCUAAUGGCCAAGCCAUUUCGCCGGAAUGUCUAUUUCUUGUCAUUUGGAAAGUGGUGCCACGUUUUAGGGGCUACCAACAGCAAGACGCUCAUGAAUUUCUCACCUAUAUGCUUGACAGGUUACACACUGAGCUAUUGCAGUUAUUACCAAGACUUGGUCAUGAACCACUCGGUCUACGAGGAAAACAAAGUAUUGUUACUGCUGUUUUUGGUGGCACUUUACUGAGUGUGGUUCACUGUAUGAACUGCCGUACGGACUCGAAAACACAUGAGCCCUUCCAGGAUCUCUCUCUGGACAUUCCAGACAGGCUACAAAGACGAACAAAAGACCAGGAGGAGGUAUGCAGUCUAACUUAUAGUCUGUCAAGAUUUUUCAAAGUCGAAGAGCUUGCGGAUAGUGAACUUUAUUUUUGUGACAACUGCAUGGGAAAGCAGAGGUCUACUAAAAGGUUCUGGAUUCACAGGCUACCUAACGUGUUGUGCCUUCACAUUAAGAGAUUUAGGUGGUGCAAUUCGUAUCGCUCAAAGGUGGACACGCAGGUGGAUUUUCCAAUGGAAUCCCUUGAUAUGUCGACAUUUACCGUGAGAGGCGUGACGGGGGCGAAGCUCAGUGCUCAGAAUAAUUAUCUUUAUGAUCUCGCUGCUGUCAUUGUCCAUCACGGAUCAGGAGCCGGAACGGGACACUACACUGCCUUUGCUGUACAUGACGGUCAGUGGUUCCAUUUUAAUGACAGUUCCGUGAGACCUGCGAGUACUGAUGCAGUCGCCAAAUGCAAGCCUUACAUUCUGUUCUAUGUACGAAAGGAGUUCUCCAUUCCGCCUCCAUUGUGACGACGUUUUCUUGAGACGACACGUUCUGCCACCAUUAACAAUCGUAAAACGUCUUCGAAUAAAACGAAGCUGAUCUCGGAAGCAAAAUGUGGACGUUCGCUAUCACGAAGCUAAAUAUUCAUUAUGUCUGACGGGCGACCGACGUGUGUGCUAAAUUAUUUUACGCACCCAGCGGAAAAAUAAAUCGAAUUUGUUUGUUA